AUGUCCAGCAAUCACCACAAAGAGUUUUUAGAAGAGGGUGAACCUUCUGUGCAUUGCAGGUGUGUACUUGACCUCUCUAAGUGUCCUUUCAUUCAGGGAAGAAUGUGGUUUGCUCAGCCCAAGGAUGCUGGUUUUUCAUUUAGCCACGAUAUCAAUAGUCAUUUGGCCAGCCUCUCCAUUGUUGGAAACACGAUCCCCACUCCCGACCCUAUUAAGGAGAAGGCUUUCUGUACUCUGGAUAACUUGAAUGCAGGAGUUGAAAACCAGGGCCAGAUUAAGAUGUCCAUCAGUGAAGUGUGUCAGGAGACUGUGUCAUGUUGCUGCAACUCAUUUCUGCAGCAGGCUGGAUUAGAUUUGUUAAUAAGCAUGACAAUUAUUAAUAACAUGCUUGCCAAGUCCGAUUCAGACUUGAAGUUCCCUUUGCUAUCGGAGGGGAGGGGAUGUGCUGAGGUUCAGGCUUUGAAACUGUCGAUGGGUUUGUCUGGAAAGCCGGUCUUGGCAGGGGAAUCGCUGGGUGCCCAAGCGCCGCUCUCAUUCAUGUCCCUCUUGAUCAGGAACGGAAACACACAGGUGCUCCCUGACACCCUGGCCUCGUAGAGGGCCAUCUGGAGCGGAACGGAACCGAAUCCACCCAAAACCCUGCUGGAGAACACCCACCUGUGUUCUCAUUCAAAGAAUCUGCAGUGGGUGCUGUUGAAGACCCAGCCUUAGCCACCACAUCACGGGGUGAAAGUUACACUUGCUCCACCGAGGACCACGCUCUUCUGGGCCAGGCAGGGGU